AAUGAAAAAUUUAAUUUUUUUUCAAAAUCUAAAUAUCCGAACCCGAUCCAAAAUAACCGAAACCGAACUAAAAAUACCCGAACCCGAUCCGAAGUAUAGAAAUACCCGAACGGGUCCUACACCUCUAUACCGAAAUACCCGAAAAUCUGAAAUACCCAAUCCGAACCCGAACGGAUACCCGAACGCCCACCCCUAAGUGGAUUGAGUAAAAGGAAAGUCAAUUAACAAAACGUGUCUUUGAGGUAGGAGUAUGACUUUGCCUUUCUACGUCAGGCUUAAUAGUAUUAUUUUACUAGAACAUUCGUUGGCACGUGAAAGUUGUGUUGGUGAGUAUAAUAUUAGUUUAAAUUUUCUUUAGAGGGGUAAUGAUUAUUAUUUUAAAAACCCGGGAGCUGAUGCCUUAUUCUCCUUAGACCAUCUUCAAUAGUUUACUCUAUUUUUUACUCUAAAAUAGAUUAACUAUAUAAUAGAGUUUGAGUUUGCUCAUAUGAUACCCUAUUUUAUAGUAGAAAAUAGAAUAAUGAACAAAAAAAAUAUAUAUUACUCUAUAUUUAAAGUAAACCUAUUUUUUACUCUAUUAUAAAAUAAGAAAUAUAGUACUAUUGAAGUAUUUUUUAUUCUACACUUUAUUUUAAAGUAAAAAAUAAAGUGGAGUUGGAGAUGCUCUUAGUAUAACGAAAAUAAAUAUAAGUUUUUGGUUAUUGGCACAUAUUUUAUUCAUUCCAUACCUGAAAAUUUUCUGCAUUAUGUAUUUAAAAUAUAGUUUAUUAGACCCGUCGUUGUUCUAACGAAUCUAGCUAUAUUUCCAUUGUUUUGUUGACUCACUGUUGUGUUGCGCGUUGUAACUAUUUCUAAUUUACAAAUUAGCUUUUUCUUUUGACCAUGUUGAUUAUUCAAAAGUGACGAACCUUGACAUUGCCAUUGACCAAUGGUAAACGAUGAUCAACUGAAAAAACUAUUAUAUAUAAAAUUAUAAGUUAAUGAAUCAGUUCUGAGUUUGGGAAUUACUUAAAUUAUAAAUAAGCAGAUAUUCACUAAGUUAUAUGUUUCUAAUGUUUUACACCUAUGUUUGAUUAAACACCUAUAUUGUAACUAUUAUCAUCGCCAAAUCCUAACGAAAAAAUGGACGAAUAUUAUGAACAAGAUUGUUACAAAAAUGAUUAUGAGAGUAUUGAAAAAGAAAGACCAAAAAAAGACCAAACAGAAUAAAUAACUAAUACUUUGUCGCGGUAUGGCCUUUUAAACAACGAGGGAUAUUUAAAUAGAAACAAGGAAACUUUGGACACACUAUCAUCCUAAAGGUAAAGACAUCAUCAUGUAUUCAUGUUCAGUCUCAAAGAACAUUCCAUGGACCUUCUCGUUCCGUACCUUUAUAAAUCAAAUCUCCUCCGCAGUGUUUUAAGCAACAAUACGACAUCUUUCAUUUCACUCUCUAAACCCACUCUCAAGCCCUAACUACGCCAACAAUGUCAGGUUUUGAUUACAACGACUCAACAAACUCAGCUGAUUCCGUCAAUAACGGUGUUAACCCACCCGUUUUCUACCGGAACCCUAGUUUCAGCAACGUUAUCUUAAACGAUAACUGGAGCGACUUGCCGUUAAGCGUCGACGACUCUCAAGACAUGGCCAUCUACAACACUCUCCGCGACGCCGUUAGCUCCGGCUGGACACCCACCGUUCCUCCUGUCUCCUCUCCAGCGGAAGUUACCGUGAGAGAAGAGAAGACGGAGACGAUGGUUGCGUCGGAGGCGAGUGGUUCCAACGCUCCGCCGAGGCAAAAGGGAAUGCAGUACAGGGGAGUGAGGAGGAGGCCGUGGGGGAAGUUCGCGGCGGAGAUAAGGGAUCCAAAGAAGAACGGAGCUAGGGUUUGGCUCGGGACUUACGAGACGCCGGAAGACGCGGCGGUGGCUUACGACCGAGCAGCGUUUCAGCUCAAGGGGUCAAAAGCUAAGCUUAACUUUCCACAUUUGAUUGGUACUUGUAAGUAUGAGCCGGUUAGGAUCAGACCUCGCCGUCGUUCGCCGGAACCGUCAGUCUCCGAUUAUUCAUCGCCGGAGCAGAAGAGUGUAGGUCACGUUGAAGACGGUGAAUCUAGCUUGGUUGUUCCGAAUAUGGAUUUCACUGUGGAUCAAUCGGCAUAUACGUAUUUUGAUUAUCAGCAAUGAUUUAAUUAAGCAUUUAAAUAAGUAAAAUUUAAUUUUAUGUAUAAGGUCAAUAGGUUUUGAUCAUAUCUAAUGUGAUAGAAACUCUAUAUGGACUCUCUUUUGUUUUCCUGAUUCGAUUCUAUAGUAACACUUACAAGUUUCACUUAUAUUAUCAUUUCUAUCAGUUUUAAAAAACAAGUAGUGUCAAAUUAUAAUUGAUUUCUUAUCAUUAAUAUUUUGUUUUUCUACUUCUUGUCACCAGUUCAAACCUUACAAUUCUACUUCUUGUCACUAGUUCAAACCUUACAGUGUUGAAGAUUUUCAUAUUGAAUAAAAUGAGAACAGCUUCACCCUGGUAUGAAAAAGUUCUAAAAAUGAUUAAAUGCUAAAUAUGAAUAAAAUAAUAGAUAAAUUUUCGAAAAGACUACAUAUUAAUUCAUCCUAUAGUUUCUCAGAUCCUCAUAUCAUAGAUGAAGUUGCUUUGAUAUGCAGUAACUUGUAAACUGUUUAAUCAUCAUUGUCGGUUGAUCAAACAAAAUUGACAGUUUAAAGUAGGUGGGUGGUCACAUUAUUAACAGGGAUAUUAAACAGUUAAUUAACCUAAUACUAUGCUAAUUAUUUAUUUUCGGCACCUAAUAGUCUAUUCUUAAUAAUCAGAACGAUCCAACAUUAAUUUACUGGGAAUCUAUUAGGUAAGUCUUACUAAAAUAUAGUUACAAAAAAAGUCUUACUAAAAUAUAGUUUAUCAAUGCAACAUAAGUAGCCUAUGUCGUUAGAUUUACAAACUGAUUAGAAAACAGGAAUUUCUUGUUUCCAUAAGUUACUUGACUUGCGCCACCAUUUGUUGGUCAAGAUUCUCACACGAGGGCUUUUGUAAAAUCACAUCUUUAAUCGAAUUAAUCACGGAAAACGUUUUUCUUCUUUCCUUUUUUGGAGCAAUCCAAGUCAUAAUUUUCUUGAUCCGGCAACUUGUGGUCUGGCGUUUUGAAGAUUCCUAGUACUAGCAACUACUACAGAGUUGCAGCUUCUCUUUGCCUUUUUAUUCUUCUUGACAUAUCAUAGCUAUAAGCAUUUGGAAUUUGGAUAUUCAUAUCAGUUUACUAGGAAACAACAGGUUUAAAAUCUUUAAGGUAAAACAAAUUUAGAAUCAUUGAUUUGGUAUAGUUUCUUUCAGUUUCGAUUCAGCUUUUGAUAUUAAAACCAGAUAAAUACGAGUGGUCGUUAUCCAAAAUAUAUGAAUUUUAUCGAUAAAUUCAAGAAAAUUAAACAAAUAUAUUCAAAAUAUUGAAUAUAAUAUAAAAUAUAACUAAUAUGUUUGGGUCAUUUGAUAUCCUAUCGACUAACGGGAUUAACAAGGACUUUGUUCCAUCUUUAGUCCGAACUCCAAUUUAUUGGAUUCUGAUUUAGUAACGUAUUUAUUUCGUAAAGCCCAAUAACUAGUCCACUUUAGAUAAUUACGGGUCCCCACGAGUCAGUGUGUCUUGUUCCAGACCUCUGCUAGAAGUUUGUUUGAUGAGAUCAGAAUUAAAACUGUAGUCACUUGGAAGAAGCAAAGGAUUUGAUUAGUGGUUCUCUUAGCUUGUGACCAUGUUGGAUUAGUGGAGGAAGGGAGAAAAUGGUUCCAUACGAUGGAAGAGUGUGGCCUUAAUGCUAAAAUUGAGCACUAUGGCUGCAUGGUUGAUAUACUAGGAAGGGCAGGGCACCUAGAAGACGCAGAGGAUUUUAUUACAAACAUGCUUUUUGAACCAA